GCGUAACACUAAUAAUUUGAAUAUAAAAGCGUAUGUUUGACAUCAGGUUUUCUUUUCCACAAUAAUAAUAAAUAUGGUGUGUUGGUUUUUGAUUUUGGUAGUUUUGUGCUGUGAAAGUGCACGCACUCAGACGAGCGGGGAUGCUCAAUACCGGGAAGUUAAUGUCCCGGGUCAGGGUAAAAUAAGGGGUUUUCGUGAACCUGGUACUGAUGUCUUCACGUUCUACGGGGUCCCUUACGCCACCGCCCCCACUGGCGAGCACAAAUUUAAGGAAGACUGUUUAAUUGCAAAUAUUUUAGUUCCUGACACCCAAGAAAAGUAUCUCCCAGUGUUAGUAAUCAUUCAUGGAGGAGCUUUACAAUUAGGAUAUGGCAGGGAUAUGUCUACAAUAAACUUAGUGAACAGUAAGAAGGUUAUUGCUGUAAACUUCAAUUAUCGUCUGGGCAUUCCCGGAUUCUUAUGUCUCGGCAAUAAAGAUGCUCCCGGCAACGCUGGUAUGAAAGAUCAGGUUGCCCUGUUACGGUGGGUGAAUGCAAACAUCGCCAGCUUCGGUGGAAACCCGAAUGAUGUCACUGUCACUGGCUGCAGCGCCGGUGGAACCUCUGUUGAUUACCUAAUGCUUUCGAAGUUGACAGAUGGCCUCAUGCACAAGGUUGUACCAGAAAGUGGCAGCAGUUUAGGCUCCUUGCACAUUCAAUUUGAUCCUCUCCAAAACGCUAAAGAUCACGCUUUGAGAUUAAACUUCACUAAUGUUGACAACAUCGACGCUCUUACAGAUUUUUAUAAAAAUCUGCCGUAUGAAGUGCUUUUGCAGGAUUUUGGCUACCUGACCAGAAAAGAUUCUUCGGGCGUGUUUGUGGUCUGCGUAGAAAGAGACAUAGGGCAAGAGAGAUUUCUUGAAGACGCACCGUUAAAUAUUUUGAGAAAUAAAACCCAAAAAAUAUUGCCCAUGUUUUAUGGAUUUGCAAGCUUAGAAGGAGCUUGGCGAUAUAACAUGUUCGACGUAUGGAGCGCUCCAAUGAAUAACAACUUUUCGGAUUUUCUGCCAGCGGAUCUGAGGUUUGAAAAUGAAACUCAAAGAGAGGAGGUAGCGGAAAGGGUUAAAGAUUUUUAUUUUGAAAAUAAAGCAGUCGGUAACGAUACUUUAUUACCAUAUAUUAAUUAUUUUUCUGACGUUAUAUUUGUACAAAAUAUACUUCAAUCGGCUAGAUUGCAUGUAGCGGCGGGUAAUGAUCAAGUAUACCUGUAUCAGUAUUCCUUUAACCGCAGUGACAGGCCGGCUGUGCCUGGCAGAGAUUUGCAAGGUGCCAAUCACUGUGCCCAAACGUAUGCCGUGAUAGAUGAAAUAGAUGAGAACCUUCUGCCAGAAGAUUACAAGGCGAUGAAAGCAGUAAUGCGAGAAUUAUGGCUUAAUUUCAUCGUCUAUGGGAACCCGACUCCACCAAUACGUAACAACUCGCUGCCCGUCUGGCCGCCAAUGGAUGCGAAUUGGUCCCCGCACUAUGCAUUAUCACAGAUCGUAUUCGUGGAUAGUGAUGCACCGGUCCAAAAUAGAACACUCUUCUGGGAUGAACUGUACUCCGCUCACUACCGCAUCCCUAUAGCGGUCAGCUCAGCACAUGUCUUCAGUACUUCAUCAAAAUCCUUGAUUGCAGUUAGCGUAACAAUCACCUUUCUCACUACAAUCACAAAAUAAAGAGUACAUAAAGUAGUCUGUACAAAAUGCUUUUCUUUUUUUUAGAGCAACAAAAAUAAGUUAUUAUAACUGUUCAGUGGACGGUUGUUUGAGUGAAUUGUCGUUUUAUCUAAUUUGUACCUAAUAUAACAGUAACAAUGGAAUUUUAAUACAGUAGAACCCGUAUAAUACGAUCACGUUUAAUACGAUUUCUAGCAUAAUGCGCCAUUUCGCGUCAGUCCCUGCAACUUGAGACAUGUUUUCAUACUAUUGUAUUGCUUAACGCCUUAUACGAUUCGUCAUCCUGUCAAAUACGCCUUAAUCGCCAACAAGUACCACUCAUAUUACCUCUCGCGGCAGCGGCCAGCAAUUGACGUGACGACUGUCGAGUGACACACGCUACGCGACCCCUAGGGUUUUCCUGGAUAUUCUUCCAUUGAUGUCAAUGUGGCACCGUACGAAAUUUAAUCAAUUAAGAUCUUAUUGAGAAUGUGAAUAACACACACAAAGUGGCCCUAAGUGAUGAGUCAACUGCGAUUUUGUCACACGCCCAGGCAUUAUCAUCAGUUUAUAAUUUAAGACGUAUAUGUAACUUCUUUGAAUCAAGUUCAAAUCAAGUACUGCAAAAGUUAAAUAAUGUUGAAAAUCUUGUAAUUGCUAAUGCCUCAAAAUCUUUUUGUGAAACUAACAUAGUGAUUAAUUUAAAUACAAACGUAAUAAUUAUACACUAAAUUUUUUAUAAUGUACAUAAUUGAGUGGAAAACAGGUGAAGCCAAUAGUUUAGCUUUUAGAGGGGGGGGGGGGACUUUUCGAACAAAAAUUAGCACUUUAAAGUUCAAUAUUUCGCAAACGGAUCCCCAAAUCGAAAAAUAGUCUUAAAAACUUUAAGUAGUUAUAAAGGACCUAUGCUAUUGGUCCGGAACCUUUGCUGCCCAUACAUCAGGCCCAAAUUAAAACGUGGCUGCGUGAAAUAACUCAGAAAUCACACUUAAUGGAGUGGAAAACAGGUGAAGGAUGCCAGCAAACGAAAAACGCGGUUCCAGCGGCAAAUAAAAGUUUUGCCCGCACCCUUACCAGACUAAAUAUGGACAAACUUCGCAGGAUUAUAGGAACCCUGAUUGGUCAUUGUCCCGUAAACAAACACCUAUAUACAAUAGGAGUAACAGACAGCCCUCUAUGCAGAGGAUGCAUGGAGGCAGAAGAAACGCCACAGCAUGCCAUCAUGGAAUGCAGGAGUGUGGUGGACCAAUGGACCGUUCAAAAAAACCUGCGUAAAUAGAAAUGGUAGGUAGGUUCCCUUACAUCUGCUUAAAGAUAUCACUUUAAUAUCUAAGUAGGUACCUCUAAAAUUAUGUUAAAAAAAUAUUAUUGUAUAAUGAUAUGACUUUGAAAAAAAAGAAACACCACAGUCGCUACUUGUUGUUAGUUUCUAAAUAUCUGAACAAAACUAUAAAGCCAGUGAUGAUGUUAGGAAUUUAGAAGUUUUGUUGUCAAAUGUUUAAAUAAGCAAAUAAGUGUAUGAGAGAAAUAAUACUGAAUUACUUUGAUUAUUUACUCUAGACAGAGCGUCACCUAGUAAACACUGCGAUAAAAUUUUACGUUUGUGUGCGUGACACGCAAAACAAGUCACGCGGUUCGUGUAUCUUAAACUCGCAAAAUGUCAUUAUUUUUGUCUCAGUGCGCAUGCGUAAGAUAUUAAGUACGCUUAGUAAGCUACUAUAGCGGACUGACAAUGGCUAGCACGUUUUAAUUGUUGGAGUGCGUAUAUAAAAGAUGAAAGCUUAUUUGUUAUUUUUUGGAUAACGAGGGGAAAUAGGUACACGUCUGAUCCAGGGGCGUAUUUUGAAACCUGGCGGCUGGGCCUGUUCGGUGCAACGCAAACGACCAGCGCAGCCAUUUGCAAUUCAGCAAGUUGCACUUUAUACAUAAAAUAUGGAAUUAAUUUUAGUACGUAAUUAGAUACCAUUAACGCGACGCGUGCUCAAUACCAAUCAUAACCAUUUUUCGUAUUUAUAUUAUAGUAUUUUAUUAUUUUACAUUUGUGAGUUUAAUUAUUAUACAGUUUUACACGGA